AUGACAACCCGACUAGAAAAGCGAGGGUGCGACGAUGUGCAGCGAUCGCUGGAACUCCUCGACCAAGUGCUGAGCGAGUACGACGAGGGUGGAGAGCUGCCGUCGCUGGAGGCGCGUGCGCCGCCGUCAGCCACGCUCGCCACGCCGGCCACGCCCGCCACGCCAGCCACGCCCGCCACGCCGGCCACGGAUGACGACUCGCCGCUCGCGGGACACACCUCCGAAGACGAUGGAUACAUGAGCAUGAACGGCAGAAGAGCGAAGUUCGCGCUGGGCUUCCGUCCCACGGAGGAGCAUGAGGAGCCGUCGCCGCCGGACCCGCCGUCACCACGCUCGCCGCCGCCGCCCGAGGAAGCGCAGCGGAUCAUCUCCACACUAUUACCUAAAGUAUCUCCGGCGAAUUCUGCUAAGCGAAUACCAUCAUUCGAACUACGGACGGCUGAAGAAAAGCUUGAUUCUAUUAUAAGCGUUAACGGGAUUACAACUGCAACGCAAACCACUUUCCCAAAAACAAGGCAUCAACGACCUUACGGGUGGGAAAAAGACGACGAUUCGAAUGGGUUCCGUUUACAACAACCACCAGCGACAGCAUACAGAUUCGCGUCCCUACAACAUGGGGCCAGACCACCCCCGCCCGAACCACCGUCGUGGCUACCACCACGGCCCCCUCCGAAUCAGAAAAUAUCACCCAGCAUGGAGAAACCCCCCGUCUUCCCCUUCAUGGGCUUCUCGAGUGAAUUCAACGACAAGCCUUACAAUGAACACCCAGUCACGAUAUACCCAGGACCAAACAUUCAAUACAACAAACAGUCGCACUCUCCGACUUACAAUAUUCAAAAAAUCUCGCCAUCAAACACGAAAAAGGGUAGUAUGAAACGCGACAGUCGGUCAGACGGGGAGAUGCUGUCGCCUAAAUCUAAAAUACCUCCGCGGACUCUCGCCGGUUCUAUGGAGAGGCAUAGAGAAGUGUGUAGAGGAUCUACGGAGGAUAUAAUGGAGGGUAAACGGAGAACGGACGAGGAGGAACACUUUUCUGACGACUCGCUAGAGGAAUCCUUCCCGCCACCGCCGCCAAUUGCAACCACGCCUUCGAAACGUAAUUCCAUUGCUUGGGAAGUGUCACUCGAUGGCGAUGAUCCUCUACUUACUCCCGGAAGCACUAAGGUUAUUGGUAGACGAAGAAGAAAAUCUGGUGACCAAUCUAACUCCAGUACCAGUUCAAUUCCACAAAGAGUAGAGGACGACUGGGGUGAUGACUAUUGGCCUCCCCCUCCACCUAUCGCACAAUCCGAACCGCUCGCUUCUCCCACUUCCGAUGCUGAAUCUGAAGCACGAAGAGCACAAGAUUUGGCUUGUGGAACAUACGUGAUACGAAAAGGCAAAAGUCGUAAACAGUUACCAAGUUUCAACAAAAAUACUUCCAAUAAACAGUUCAAUGCGAACCAUCUUAGUCAUAGUCACAGUUUAAAUAGAAGUUUAGACACAGAUAAAUCUAUAGAUGGCUCUAGUAUAUCAAUAAGUGGUUCAGGGUCCGUAGGUUCCUAUAAUUCGAGGCCCAGUUCGGAUCUCAGUUUGCCUCAAUCUCGCUAUAGUGUAGAUUUAAAUUCGAGAUUAAGUCGAGAACUCAACACGCCGAAUUCCAGAUAUAGUAUAGAUCUCUGCACCCCGAAUUCUAGACUGAGCAAAGAAAUUACAUCGCCUAAAUCGAGACUUAGCUUGGACCUAAAUAAUGGCCAAGAUAGAUACAUAACGCAAGAAUAUUUUGGUCAUAGUCCUAAAAGUAGAAAAGUAAUUAGUGAUAAGAACGCUAUUUUGAAGAAUAAUGUUGUACCGAAUAAGCUGUCUCCUCAAAAUAGAUUUACAGAUUUUAAAAAGUAUUCUUCUACUUUUGAUAAUAUACAAUCAUUGAUAAAAGAAGGCAAAGUAGAAGAAGCGCCACAACAAGAGUGCAAUGAGACUGUAAAUGAACUAAGCAUGGUGCCUCCAAACAUGGUGCGAGUAGUUUCGUUACCAAGUUUGGGUGCUGAUGGUGAAAGCAAUAGUACGAGUCGACAAGCACUUAUUACCACUGUUGAAGAAGAAGAGGACCAGGAGAGUGGCGAACCGGAUUCUAGUGGAAACACGUCUCCACUUCGCAAAAUUGAAAACAAUAUUAGUGCUAUACUAAGCCAAGGACGGGACCAAAAACAUUUUACCCCUUAUAUACCGAAAGACUGGAAUAUCCAUAAGGAUGAAUACUGUGAUGAAGUGUCUAAGGAUAUAUUAGAUAACAAUUUCCGUUAUAGUUCUAGGGAGAGACAGAAACGACAUGAUAUACAGAAAUCAUCGAGUCAUAAUGAAAUACAGAACCAGAGGUCUAUAGAACGUCGUGAACGCUCAUCGUCGGGGCGAAGAUCAAACAGUAUGCACAAAUCUACGAGUGCAAAAGAUGUGCCUGUUAGUCUAAUGCGGCAGCCAUCUUCUUCGGACUCCGCAGUGUCAAGUGGCGGGGAUUUCCCUCUAAAUGUUCAAAUAGUUGAACAUUCAUAUAGACAUCAUCCGCUGCCCCCAUCUCCUAACAUGGGCCACGAGAUGGGACCUUUACCACAGACACCUGAGUCACCAAAAUUCCCUCCACUUCCACCAUCGCCAGUUCAAGAAGUUGAAGAUGAAUACACAGAAAUCAUGCAGCCAUCAGAAAAGCGACAUGGAAAGAAAUCUGACACUCUGGCGACGCCUACGAUGGAUACUAGAAGAAGGCCUUCGGAACCCCCGGCAGUACCACCACAUCGAGACACAACUAACAGCCUAAAGACGAGGUCUAUGGAAACCAGUUACAAUAAAAACAGAAGGAGUAGUAACUUUAAAAGUGGGUCAACAGACAGAAGAACCUUACCAACAGAUAUCGGUGCGAGUGGCGCACGGAGACGCACGCUGCAAAGACAAAGUCGCGAGGCAAUCGCGGCGAGUGGUGUACGCGGGCCGCUGCAGACGUCCGCAAGCCUACCAGAGACGCCGGUAUUCGCGCGAGGCUGCGACCUGCCCCGCACCCCGCCCAGGAACUCCACAGGCCCGCCCCGGAACAACACCAUGACCUCCAUACAGUCCAUAGGAAGCAGCGUGACUCUCGGAGGGUACGGGCGAGGCUCCGUGAUGGGCGCCACGGGAGUGUGCACCGGCGCCGACUUGCUGCGGCUCGGGGGCCCUCCACGAGGCUGGUAUCCGCGACAAAGACACAGGCCGGCUUCCAUCGAGCACCUGGAUAGGCUGUCAGCCUCCAAGACUACGGUGGAGCACCCACCGCCUUGGGAGACGCCGGGAGCCCGCAAGCCCCUCACGCUGCCCCCCAACCUGACCCCCAAGUUCUUCCAGAAAUCACCGAGAGAAGCUCUUCGCAGGGUCACCAGCUUAUUAAUAAGGAAAGGUGAGCUACUUACUUUUAAUUAACUUUGUAUUAAGCUUUUUUCCAUUGCUGACUAUCAGCGAGAAGCGAGAAAAGCCAGUUUUUUUAUUAACACAUAUUCUUCUAUUUUGUAAAUAGUAUCUAAUGCUUUUUGCUCUGCGUCUCUUAUUUCCAAUUGUUCUUAUUUAUUUUAAUAGCUUUAAAAUAAAUAAGAACAUAUUUAAACAUGUUCUGUACUAUGAAAAUAUGUAUGUAGGUUCUUUAAUUAUUAUUUAAGUAAAUAAUCAAAGUGUAGGUUAUUAACUCUCGAUAAUAUCGCUGAAUAUUUACAAAAUAAAAGUGGCCUAUAGUGCGUAUCGGGUACGUGCAAUAUAGGGUUCCGUAGUUGCCCAUCACAAAGUGCAAAUAGCAAACUUAUAGGCAGCAUUAUUUAAAUAGCAUCUUGCACUUAUUGGCGCAGGUUCCGUAACACAGGUACUUUAGGCUUAGCUGAUUUUCCCGCGGCUUUGUUGAGUUGGCAACGUUCAACAGCCUAUUUAAAGCCGACUCAACAUCCUACCUAGAACAUUUACAAAGCAUGGUGCUGUAAAAUAUCAAAUAAUUGGAGUGGCAUGCCGCAAUGCCGCACAGUGUUGCCCCGUCUUGGGCCAAAAACCGCAGCUCCGUACGUACCUAUUUGCGGUGAAAUCUGCGUGAUGAUGCAGAUGUGCACUUCCGCAAGAAGAUGCAGAGGCCCAAGCACUAGUUUUCGACAGCUCCGUAAAGUAUCGUACUCUUAAAAUUUUGUAUGGAAAAGCUAGUUAUUUCUUACGUCCUAGUUAUGCUUAGUUUCAUAGAAAUUUUGACGAUACGAUACGUUACGCAGCCUACGGAGCUGUCAAAAACUCGUGGUUGGGCCUCAGAUCUGCACCCCGCACUCGCUGCGAGGCAGUGUGAGAAUCGCCGGCGUACUUCAGCAGUCUUUACUCCAAUGCGUUAUUCGAGCACUGAACAUUAUUAUUCAAUUAGGAAUAAUUAUUAUUAGUGUGAAAAUAUUAUUGUUUUAUUAUAAUAUAAAUUUAAAAUCCUACUUCCUACUAUUAUUAUAAAAGUGAAAGAUGUUUGUUACUCGAUCACGAGCUGAUCGGAUUUGUAUGAAAUUUGGCAAACAUAUAGUUUAUAACCUUGAUUAAGACAUUGGGUUCUUUUUAUCCCAGAAAACUGAUAUGUUCCUGAGGGAUUUUCAAAAAAAAAAUAAAAAAAAAUAACGCAGACGAAGUCACUAUGGUUCAUAAAGGAGAUUGCUCAGGUCAUUAGAUUUCAACGGACACCUUUGUAUAAUAUAUUUACUUUAAAAAGGACUUUUAAUUUUACCGGUUUGGAAAACAUAGGAAUCAUUUUUAAUGGCUAUGGGUGUAGUAACAUUCAGCCAAAGACUGAUCGAAGUUGUUUAUAUAACAAUAAAAACAAAUCUAUUAUGUAAAGAUCGAUAAAAUAAAUCAUUUUUUUUAUUACACUGUAUUAAUAUCCACAACUAUAUUAUCA